AUGGUUUCCCAAGCUGUCGCAGGCAGCGCAAGGCCGUAUCGUAUAGGCGUUGAUGUUGGCGGUACAAACACAGAUGCAGUCAUUCUUGAUCUCGGCCAGGCCGAGUCGUCUACGCUCGGGGUUAUUGCCACUCACAAGGCUCCCACAUCACAGCCAAACGUCACGGACGGGAUAGAGACAGCGGUCCGUAGUGUCCUGCAGCAGUCUAAGAUCUCGGUAGAUGAUGUCGCAUGCCUUAUUAUUGGCACCACCCAUUUCAUCAACGCCGUGGUUGAAAAUGACAUUCGCCGAUUAUCCAAAGUCGCGGUCAUUCGGUUGUCCAGGUCCUUUACAAGAGAUGUGCCACCGUUUGCAGACUUCCCUCCCGCUCUCAAAGAGAGCUUGCACGGUUACUACGGCUGGGUCGAUGGAGGACUGCACAUUGAUGGCGCUCAAGAGAGCCCCAUCAACGAGGACCAGGUCAGAGAGCAGUGCCGCCUGAUCAAAGCGAAGGGGAUUGACUCUAUUGUGGUCUCGGGAGUUUAUUCCCCCAUUGACCGACAUUUCCACCAGGAGGCAAGCGUUCGAGACAUUAUACAGCGUGAGCUGCCCGACGUGGAUGUGGUCUGCUCUUCCGACGUCUCUCAGAUUGGUUUCCUGGAGAGAGAGAACGCGUCGAUUCUCAACGCCUCCAUAUUGAAGUUCGCACGGCAUACAAUCCGAGGCUUCAAGCUUGCCAUGAAACGACUCAAUCUUCACUGCGGAUUGUAUCUGACCCAAAACGAUGGAAGCUUGAUCGAUGCUGAGGCUGCCACUCGUCUACCCAUUCGCACCUUUUCAUCCGGACCGACGAACUCGAUGCGAGGGGCCGCCUAUCUCGGCAAGCUGGAGCUGAAGCUGGCCAAGGAAACAGGCGUAUCGACCUUGGUGCUCGAUGUGGGUGGAACUACCAGCGACAUUGGUGUUCUUCUUCCGUCUGGCUUCCCACGUCAAUCUUCUGCUUAUUCUACCGUGGCUGGCGUGAGGGUCAACUUUGGCAUGCCUCAUGUGACGUCCAUCGGUCUUGGAGGUGGUUCACUCAUUCACGAAACCGAAGAGCGCCUUGCGAUAGGCCCGACCUCAGUGGGCAAUGAUCUGACCACCCAGGCCCUCGUUUUCGGUGGCAGUGUUCUCACCACCACGGAUGUUGCCGUGGCAGCAGUGGGCGAGGACAUUGGCGACGGCGAGCUCGUCAAGCACUUGGAUCCUCGGCUCAUUCAAAAAUCCCUUGCCAGAAUAAAAGCCAUGGUCGAGUCUGCUGUCGAUGAUAUGAAGACGUCGCCCGACCCUAUCCCACUUCUGUUGGUUGGUGGAGGCUCUAUCAUCGUUCCAGACGGCAUCCGGGGCGUGUCACAGAUCAUUCGUCCCAGGUUGCACUCGGUUGCCAACGCGAUUGGGGCUGCAACAUCCAAGGUGAGCGGUGCCCUCGAUUCGAUUGAAAGUACCGCCGAGCAGUCGACUGCUCAGAUAGUCGAGCAUGCUAAGAAGCGAGCGAUUGAAGCCGCCAUCAGCGCAGGAGCCGAGGCCGGAACAAUUUCCAUAGCUGAAGUCGAUGUCAUCCCCUUGCAAUAUGUUGCCAACCAGGUCCGAGUCCUCGUCAGGGCCGUUGGUGACCUCUCGCAUAAUCAUAUCAAUCUAGAGGACACGAUACACGAUGAUGAUACGGAGGAAGAGGAAGAAGGUCGAUCAGAGACUGGAAACCAGACCAAAUCUUUAGACUUACAUGUCGACGGCGAGCAACAGGCAUUCGACAUCGAUGCUUAUCGCCCCCAAGUGUCGAAGAAUCUGACAACCGGUAUUCACGAAUGGAUUGUUUCGGAGCGUGACCUUGCCUGGAUCGCCGACGGCUGCUAUAUUCUGGGAUGUGGAGGUGGUGGUUCGCCAUACUCGGAAUUCCUAAGACUGCGAGCCCAGCUCCGUGAUGGCCAUGUUGCCCGAAUUAUCGACGCGGCCUCCUUGCCAUCAGAUGCCCGAAUAUACUGGGGUGGCUAUCUUGGAUCACCACAGGUCUUUGGAGAGCGGUUGACCGGGCCUGAGAAUCGCCAGGCCACUGAAGAACUGCAAAAGUACCUCGGCGACGAUCAUUUCGACGCGUUCAUGACCAUCGAGAUCGGAGGUGCCUGUGGUCUGUUAAGCAUGUUGGUCGGUUCCAGCAAAAACUUUUCAGUGCCAACUAUCGAUGCCGACUGGAUGGGCCGGGCAUACCCGAUGAUCUGGCAGACCACGCUCUGCGUGCAUGCGCCGGGAAAUCUUGUGCCGUGCGCGAUUGCUUCCGGCGACGGCAAGACCUUAGUCAUGACCCAGACGACCGACGACGAAAUUGUCGAUCGAGCCUUGCGCGCCGUGUCGUCCGAGAUGGGUUCACUCGUCGGGCUGGCCAUGAAGCCCACCACAAGGGACCACAUCCUCUCGUACGGCGUCCGCAACACGCUGUCCCUCGCCUGGCGCAUUGGGCGCUGCGUCGCUCGGGCAGAGAUCAACAACACCAUGGUCACGGUUGCCGACGAUAUCAUCCGCGAAGUCGGUGGCCCGGAGUCUGCCAGGGUGCUAUUUCGCGGCAAGAUUGUCGCCGUCGAGCGCCGACUCCACAAAGCACAUUCGUACGGUGAGAUCGUCAUUCAACAACUUCCCGCCGAGGAAGAGGAGGAGACCGGCGGCAUCGGGAACAGCCGUCAGAAGAGAUCCCAGGCAUUGGCUAGCGGAGGCCAGAUCAGAAUUCCGUUCAAAAACGAAAACAUAUACGCGAAACACGAAGCUGAGGAUGGUUCAGAGAAAUACCUGGCCAUGGUACCCGACCUGAUCUCCGUACUGGACAGCCGAUCAGGUCGUGCAGUGGGAGUGCCAGAAUACAGGUAUGGUCUCUUAGUGACAGUCCUCGGCAUUACCGGGUCCACGCGGUGGACAGAUACUCCAAGAGGACUUGCACUGGGUGGUCCCAAAGCGUUUGGCUAUGAUCUCGAAUACAAGCCACUGGGGGUGUAUAAAGAGCCCAAGAGUGUGAUUCUGGAGUACAGAUAG